UGACGUGUGUGUAUCGUUUUUCGAAUGAAGCCGUUUUCCGGGAGUUUUGAAAAAUAAAUGACAAAAAAAGUUUUGGUUAGGUGUACUGUAGUUCGAAAUCGCAUCGAAUUUGUGUUAAAUUCUGAAUGCGUUGGAGGAUGAUUAUAUUCUCGUUAUGUUGUUUUCGAUGUAAUUACCUAACGCUUGAAACUGUUGUAAGAGUGUAGGGCAGCAAAAAUAGUAGGAGGAUAGUGGGGAAAUAGCACAAAUAGUUGCCCAAAGUUGUUCGUUCAAAAACUUGGUAAGUUUUUCGAUUUGCUGGUGUUAUUACUAGUCGAAAGUUCAAGUGCUAGUUCUUUUAAAACUGUUAGAAUAUUUUCUGCAUUCUAAAUAUCCUCAAAACUAUUUUGAUGAAAUAUUUUGUAACCCAGGAAUUUUGGAAGCUCAGAAGAAUUUCUCCCACUUAUUGCCGAAAUAUUACCAUCCUAAUGUGAAUAAUUAAUUAGGCAUAAAAUGCUUAUGCUCAGGUUAGUAAUAAUGGAAGAAACUAUGAAACUCAAAAAUGUUAUAUAAAACAACGAUAUAACGAAAAAACCUUCCAUUAAACGUAUAAUGGAAACAGGAUGAGUAUUUAAAUAUUUCUUUAAACACAGCUAUUUAUUUUGAUUUAAAAUAAUAAAGGAAAACCAAAUUUAUUGCAUAUGAAGAUCAAAUUUGUAUAAAAUAAAAAGCAUGAUUGCAAAGGACUAACACUGUUUUUAGUAAAAAAGCACUUAUUUCGUUUCUUCCUUUCGUUUCGUUUUUUUAUAUAUUACAAGAAAAAAAGGAAGAAAAAACGGUUUUGCUGUUAAAUCCAGGUUUAAAUUCAAUUUCGUAGAUUUUUCGGGUAUAAUUAAAACUGUAUUUGUUAACGAUUUGCAACAUAAAAUAAAAUAAUUUGAGAUUGUGUUGAAGAUAUAAAAGGCAGACAAAAUGUCUAUGUUUCAUCUUCAAGGUGAAAAGCAAUGUCAAAAUGGAGUGAAUCCAAUAUCCACUGUUUAGCCUACGUGUAAGUACACUCUGGAUUGCGUUCUAUAAAAUAUGCUUUCAAUAAAACGCAUUAGAAAAAAACCUACUAAAUGUAUUUGUUGAGAAAAUUGAAGUUGAUGGUGAAACUCACUCAAGUGAACAAAACGGUGAUAAGUAACAUUCAACACGAAAUUAGUGUUAUUAACAGUAUCACUUUACCCGCAAGGAUGACAUCUAGAUUUACUUAAUUGGAUUGAUAAAAUAUAAAAAGAAUUAAAACCAGUUAGAAAACAAUUUUAAUAUUUGAACGAAAAAAAAAAACACAACCGAUGUCACGCUACUUUCGGAAUCUAUGUUAACUAAUUUAUUUCAUGUUAGAUUCAAAAAUAAAAAAAGAAAAAUAUGAUAGCAAAAACAUAACAAUUUUUAAAUAAAAAGUUCGGUACUGCUGAACAGUCCUACGUUGGAGCAAGUUUUUGAUAAACAUUAAUUUUAGUUUAUUUUUUCAUAUUCUUAGUGUACUUUGAGCCCUAUUUACCGCUAUGUUUAAACAUCAUAUUGUAAAAGUUUUUCAAAAUUAAAUAGAAUUUCAAUACUAAAGUUAUUCCUAAAAAACAGCCUCUGUCGGUUGUAAUAGCACUCCCUCAGGCCCGAUUUUAUUCGAACUCCCGGAAAAAACAGCGUUCAUGUUUGAGUUUGAAUGUAUGCAUGUGUUAGUACAGUUUAUCGUUUUCCAUGCUCUAAAACCAGCAAUAAUUCCCCCCGGUUGCCCAAUCCAUCAAUCGAUCCGAGUGUGCUUGAUUUGAUAGUUGCUUUUUCUCUCGCUCGCAAUCGCGGACAAUUAUUGGAUUGUCCAGCAUCGCAGUCAGUCUAUGUGUCCAGAAAAGUUGGAAGUUGAAACAAGUUCGAUUAGAAGAAAAGAAUAUAUAAACCGUUUUACCACACGCCGGGUUGAUAGAAGAUAGAGAAAAAAUAACGAAGAAAAAUUGGCUUAAGUUCGAUGAAAGGCCGAGAAAUAGAAGAAAUAGUGUAGUGAGUGAGAUCAGCGCCGAUCAUCGCCGUCCAGAGGCAGAGGUAGUGAAUCAGCGACGAAACAAGUCGAAGAAGAAACAAUCAAAAUAGUGCGCGCUGUUGUCUCGUCAACGUUCGAUUCUGCUUCGCAUACGCUAGAAGUUGUGUAUGAGUGAUUCACGUCUCUCUCUCUCUAUCUCUAUCUAUAUCUCUCUCUAUCUGUGUAUAAAUAUUCCGAUAUUAUUGCUGAACACAGAGCACAGCAAAAAGGCUGAAGUUUGAUCUCGUCCAGUCAAUCAGCGCCCGAGCCCUCGGCUCCCGAUCGAUCCGUUGCCGAUUUUCGCGUUUCGCCACGGGAGGAAGAUUGUGCGUAAGUGUUCAAUUGUCAGUGUGCGUUCUGUGCUUUGCGCCGAGGGAGACCUCUGCCCCGGUUACGACCGGCUCUGCUCUGCUCUCGUCAUCCUGCAUAUCACACGGUUAGCAACAGGACCGUCUCGUUUCGGUGGCGGCUGUACACGCAGCCAGCAGAAUCUGUUCCACGGAAUCGGCCAGGCAGCAGCGGAUUGGUUCAAAGACCGCAAACUGCAGUGAAUCUGAUUUUUUCUGUUUGAAUAAAUAGUUGCGGAGUCUUGCUGAAAGCGAGCUGGAAAAGAGGGUCUAAAGGAGUGGAGCUGCAGCGGAAGCACGAUGGUUUCCACACGACAGAUGACUGGUUCCACUACUGAGGACACCACCCUCUACCUGUUUCGCUCGUCGGCCAGUAAUUCCUCCAGCCAGUUUUCCUCGAACCGGUCCACCGCCGCUAGCGUUCACCAGCAGAGCCAUCAACAGUCAUGUAGUCCCACAAAUGCCCCAACCGGCCCCAACUCUGGGCUGGUGCUAGUGGGGCUCAAUUCCCUACCGCAACAACACUCGUGUCCAUCGGAGCAACCGGCUCUGAAUUUGCUGGAUCUACCAAUCGAGAUCCUGGGCCACAUAUUCUCCUACGUGGGCUACAAGAAGGUGGCACAGAUGCGAGUGGUUUCACAUCAGAUGAAUCAAGUUUGUAGUUCGAUACUGAACUCUACCUUCCAGAAACUGCAGACGCAGAUGCUGACACGUUUUCAAAUUGUUAAAGCAAAAAUGCCACGCAGAGAAUCCGCCCGGCGGAACCAUCCGCUAGCUUGCGAAUGUGAUAUACUGGAAACCUGUUCGAUGCGCCUCUCGUUGCUGCAAAUGACAUUCGGCAAACAUAUCGAGCGGAAGCACUGUUGUUUUUUUCCCGGUGGGAUUCUGGAUGAGGUGUACUCAGUGUUAAAUUACGUUCGAACCACACCAAUGUUGGCGCGACCGUUCAAAGUGACGGACGAGCUGUUCGAUCUGUCCACGAUGGCCAUGGAGUAUUUCAAGGAGUACAUUGAACCAAACUUACCUGAUAUUGCAUACUUUAGUAAAGAUUACACAUCUAGUACAAAACCGUUCGCGACACUGGAGGUUUCCUCCUCGAUUCUGUCUCGAGACACAUCACACUCGAGUUCGUCCUCGCCUCCGCAGAGCAACAUGGUACUUCGGAAGGGUAUCCGCAAAAUUAAACAGGGAAUGAAAAGAUACAAUAAUCAAUUAUCAGUGUUGCGCAGCGAGUUGCGUACCUGCAAGAGGAAAGCAACCGAGCAGGCAAAGCAAAUUGCCGAACAGCAGAAACUGCUUGCCGAACAACAAAAACAAACACUGGAGUAUGCAAAUCGGCUCGACGAGAACGACAAAAAGAACGAGGAGAUAUCAAGGAAGUUCUCCACUCUGCUACAGGAAUUAAACAAAUGCAAAACUGAACUACAAUAUUGGCGCUCCAAAAGCCCGGCCACGCCCAAUUGCAACGCGUGUGGACAAGCCAUCGUACCGAUGCCAGCAGAGGAACUACAGGCACUGGUCAAUCAAGGAGUUCGACCAGAGGAAGUCGGCCUAGCGGUAAUCCCCGAGGAACCCACCAAUCAGGAAGAAGAGAAUAUCGCUAUACUAGAUCUAGACGCUCAACCAAUGUCUCCGUUGACACCUUCAGUGGCUGCGGUAGUAGUAGUAGGGGCUGGUUCCCCCAGAAGUCAGAAACGCAAAUUUGCGGAAUGUAUCGGAAGUGCCAGCGAUGAUUUACCGUCUCACUGCAGCAGUGAGCCGGCUUCAGGAUCUACUUCUCCCCUUAGCCCGCCAUUUGCAUCGGCUCCGUUUGCCUCUCUAGUGGCAUCGUAUUCGUCGUCGGCUGGAUCUUCAGCCCCGCCAACAGGCCCUUCAUCAUCAUCAUCAUCAACAAUAUCAUCAUCAUCAUCAUCACCACCGUCAUCAUCAUCUUCGUCAGUUGUUUCAGCACUGCUGUCGCUAGCAAUACCCACCUGUUCCCCUCACACAGCUUCACAAAUAAGUCAUAAUUCCCCGCCAGCCGUUUCUGCCCCAGCAGUAGCUACGGGCACAGUUGCAACGAUGGCCGUUGCUGGCAACUUAAUCGGUGAUAGUGUUAAUCAUAAGAAACCACGGAGAGUACAAAAUAAAGCUAGAUCACAAACUAAUCACAAUAAUAGUAGUAACGUGACUAACACGAACACAAAAACAACUAGAAGUAAACAGUUUGAAAAAUAAAUUUAUGUCCAGUUGAUCUGAGCAAUGGGAGGCGAAACAAAUAGAGCAUCUAACCAAUUCCCGUGAAAUGGAUGAAUUUAAUAGAAUAACAAUUUUUAGUUAAUUUAGAUUUUUCAUCUUCAUCAAGCUUUAAUGUUUAAUUGAUGUUUUCUAACUUUUUUUUUACUUUCAACGUACUAUUGUUAUGUGGCUUAAUUCUUUCUGGUUUGGAACACAAUAAUUAGCAGCAAACUGAACUAACUUGACACGCGUAGUAAUACUCGAUACCCACUAUUCCCGUAUGUUAUGGUUUCUCAGAACCUGAAAUAAUUACUGCUAACAUAAAUGUGAUGUCAUAAUUUCUAAACAGAACAUUAACUAACAGCACUUGAGCACAAUAGCACCCAACACCAAACAGAAAUCAAUACAAUAAACUAAAGUAUUGGCGGAAUAAGAAUCAUUAAUAGUACGUCAUCUCUCUCAUUCACUCACACAGAUAACUUAUCCAUAGUUGGACAGUUUACGUCUAACAAUGAAAUAAAAUAGCAAAAAAAAACAUAUUUGUGUCGCAAUAGUACUAUUUUAAAUGAAAUAUUUGUACCAGUAGUUAAAAUCCACAAGCAUACAAAAACACACACACACACACAUACAUAUAUACAAGUUCGGUUUUAACUAUCAUGCACAAUAAAAAUGGUGUUGGAUGAUCUCGAGUUACAACGGCUUUGAAUGCUUUUCGGGUUUCUCUGUAUCCCCCUCAAAAGGAUCUAAAUAGCGGUUUCGAUAGUGGUUUUUGACUUGGUUUGGUUAUCCUUCACUUGAUAAAUUUUAACAAUAUUAUUUCACAACGUUGCAGCGUUAAUAGGGACAAAAUGAAGGCAAUGAAAGAUUAAUUUUUGAUAAUGUAUCGGAAUCUUUGCGAUACUAUUAAUGAUAGGUAACUCUGAAGUCGACACUAAGAGAUAGAGAUGAUCACUUCAUUCACUCAUUUCGCAUUACAAACUUUUCAAAAUUAAAUUGAGAUUCAGUUUCUUGCAUGGAUUUUUUACUUCAAUUUAGCUUUUUGUGAGACGAAAGUAUGUUUUGAAUAUAAUUUUACGAUUGUGAUCGUAAUAUCUUCUCCCUGGUACCUAUUCCGGUGACCACUCCAGAGAUUUCACUACUCGAAUCCACACUUUCACAAAUUGAAUGCAUCCAUGGAUGUCUGUUUCACAUUUUUUUCAUUUACGUACAGAAAAUGCUCUGAUCAUUUUAGUUUUUUUCUCAAAAUAUUAUUUGAAAGUUGAAAUUAAAUACAACAUAAAAAAACCAGUUUAUGCUUAAUUAACAAAUGCAAAGGAAGAUUUAUGUAACUAGCAAUGUAAAUAAAUCUUUAAAUUCAUAAUAAAAUUACUGAAUGGAUGGUAAAAGCUGUGCUGAAGAUUAAGUAUAAUAUUGCAUCAAUUAAAGCCGAUUACAAUUAUAAAAAUAUUCGACACACAUGCAAAUGCAUCAGAACUAAAUACUCAGCAAUGAGAACGGCAUACAUCCGAAAAAUUACACAAAAUUUAGGAAUACGAUGAUAAAAAAAAGUAAAAAUGUAGUAGACUUUUUCUCUUAUAUAUACAAUAUAUAUACAACAAAUAACUAAUUAUUAUUUUUGUAGUAGAUGCUAGUUUUGUAAGACAAUUUACCGUGGAUCGUGUUACGACGAAGGGCGAUUUGUGGUAUCCUACAUCCUCGCGUAAGAAAAAGACAACCGCUGACGCUAUGGCAAACGCCCGGCUUCAUACGUAAUUCGCCACGCUCCGUCAACUCUCAUCUUAUUGUGGUAGUGAUAUCUCCGUAAAAUUUCCUACUCUACUAGAGACUAUGAGGAAAAUCAUAAAAGCUGAACAUGUGUGGAUCAAACAGAAUAAAAGAAGAAAAAAAACAAAUAAAACACAUACACGCGUAAAUUAAGGCAUAUUAGGUUGAUUUUAAAUAAUUAGAAAAAAAAGACGACUUAAUUAUGAGGCAAAAUGAAAAUAUCCUUUAAAUUUCAAGUGCAGGGAUACGGAAAUCAAAACAUUCAACAUACAUGAAUACGCAAGAAGAACACAAGUAACAAAUCUGGUAGUCGAGAACCAAAAAAAAAAUUGAUCAGAUUUCGGCUCUUUUCUAUAAAACAACUAGUUUUCUCUGGAAACAGUUUCAAACCAAAAAAAUCAAAGGAAGCAGCGCAGAGUUUUCAUACAAUAAUUGAGUUAGGAACUGCAAAAGUUAAUUAUAAACAAAAAACAAUUAAGUAGAAUGUGAUAGAGGACACAACCAAAAAUCCAGUCACUCUCGCAUACACACACUCACACACUAACGCUAAAAUAUAUGACAUUAGCGUGUUUUAACGUUACUUCUUAGUCGUUUCAGUUUCUAGUUUCUUUCGGUACCCUCCCUUUUUGAUAUAUGUGAAAAAAAAAGAAAACAACGCAACACAAAGUGUAUCUCUUAAUGAUCCCAUUUCUGUCUGUUAGGACCAACGGUAUCGCAAAACUUCCACCAUUUUAUUGUGGCUUACGUCUGCCGUGAUUCACCAUAGCUGUAGGCUUACUCUGUCAAAUGUAGUGGCUGCGGUUACUUGAAGACAAGCAAUAGUGAAUCACGCAUGACAGCAGGAUGAAUGAUUGGCGCUUGGGACACCGCACCAAUCGCUAGGGUGGAAAACGAUGAAUUUUAAAACCCAUCUCUGUUAACCUUGAAGCAAAAUAGAUAUUUUUAGAAGUUUUCUUCUGUAUUUCUCGUUGCACAAGAGUAAGAAUAUAUUAUUAACCAAUGAAGACAAAACAAGCAAACAAUUGCUAGAAUGCAAAACAUCAUUCAGAAGCCAAUAAAAAAUCCUGAGGUGAAAACAAUGAGGAAAA